UGCAAAUCUUCGAUUUAAAAAACCGCCUAGCUGCUUCUACUACUUCCGAGUCCUCCGAGUCCUCUUAUUCCAAGUAAGUCUCUUUCUUUCCUCUUCCUCGAGUCAUGUCUGACCACGAAGACAGCCAGAACCCUUCCGCCCAUUCUUACGGUUCUUGUGACCGGGCUCAGACCUCCGGUUCCUCCUCUUCUUCAUCCUCUGAUUCUGAGCGCCCGGCUACUUCUCCACAGAAGAAGCCGGUUGAUGCUUCCACUUGUGCUCCUUUUUCUUCCGUGGCGCAAGUGAUCUCGGUUGCCCAACCUGGGGAUGAGGGCUUCGUUCUGCUGGACGACCGGUUGCUCCAAACGCAAUCGUCGGUCAUGCAGAAGGCCCAAGUCCACGAGCUGGCCCCUAAUGGUCACCGUUUGUUGGGCAGCUUCAUCAAUGUCUGCCGGUUCCUUCGUAUUCCUCUUUCCCUUCGUCUCUUUGACCAUAUGUUUGAUGUCCGGCCCGGGUCCAAGGAGACCCUUGGAUUCGUGGUGGUGUCUUCUCACCAAGGCAGGGCAUUUCUCUGUGGCCUUCCUCCCUCCAACAAGAGGUGGAAGGACAAAUACGUCUGCAUCAAAUUACCCCCGGCUGCCUUUCCUUUUGCCCAAAAUGUCUGGGGGAAAAGAAUGAAGCGCCAGGUCAAACCAACAGAGGCCGAUGACCUGGUUGCCUGGGAAACCACUCUCCGGGCCGGGGAUGCCUCCACCCGCGGUCUUUACCAUGUCGGGAAGUGGAGCGUCUACCCCGGCCGGGAGACUGACCCUGAGUCGGAGAUUGUCCUGACUGGGGUGAUCCCCGAAGCUAUCCCCAUCAGCCGGGCGAGGGGAUCCAAAGCCCUGGCCACAGCCACCGCCGGUCCUUCACGCCCGGCGAAGAAGAAGAAGGAGAAAGUGGUGAAAUUCCAGUCGAAAUUUGCCACCCCAAAAAUCGUCGUUGAGGAGCCCUCCACCGCCCAGCUUCUCAGCCAACCUUCGGUCCAACCAGUCUCUUUGGACGAGCAGUCGGCCCAGUCUCAACAGGGGACCAGCCAGCCCAUCCACUCCGGGGAACUCUACAUCAAUGUAGAUACCCUGGAGUUCGACCAGCUGAUGGAGGCUGGUCAAGCAAACCAGCUGGCCGAGGGAGGCCACGACGAAGAGGAGGCUGCUGAAGAGUCCCUUAAAAGGAAGAGGCGGAAGACUGAAGUCGGUCGGAUUGGUGAGGAGUACCUCACCCGGCUGGUGAAGUCAAGGGACGAGGAAAAGGCCCGGAUGGAGGCCAUGAUGGUCGAAUGCCGGAAGGAGGCUAAGGCCGCUUUUGAGAAGGCGGCGAAGGCGGAGGAGAAGCUGAUAGACCACUGUGCGGUCUACCGUCAGCUGUAUGCGAAGCAUGACGGUCUCCUCAAGGCCGCGAAGGAGGCCGAUGAGCAAGCUCAAACAAAGAUCCAACAGCUUGAGGCCGAGAACGCCCGGUCGGCUGAGGAAAUUGCCCAGCUCGGAGACGAGCUGGAGAAAGAGCGCUCGGAAAGGGCUCCUCUUGCUGCUGCCUGGGCUGUUCAAGCGCCUGAGGAGUUUGCUGCCCAAGCACUUCUUGAACGGGAGACUACCAUCCGCUUCUUCCAAGGUUUAUACAAGCACGAAGUCUCGGCCGGGAUCAUCGACGAGAUCGGAACCUACGGUUUCGAAAGCGGUCAGUACGAUGAACGGCAGGCUCUAUAUGGUAUCCUUGAGCAGCGGAUUCAAGGUUUUCAGCCCAAGGCUCUUUCUCUGCCUGAGCUGCAUGAUGAGGCACCGGUCGCGCCUUUCCUGGGCAUCUGAUUUCCCAACCUUUUUUACUUUCUCUUUUUUUGUUUACUUCCCAUGUGUAAUGAUCUGCCUCCGGGCACUUUUGUAAGACGCUUAAAUAUUAAUGCAAGUGUUUUCUCCUAUAUUCUCUUCAACUUAAGAUUUUUAACCGUUUAGAUUAGUAAAU